AUGGGUGUGAAUUCGUACAACAACAGUUCAGGUCCAACGGGUGGUAGUGAUCCGCCGAUGAGGAGAGAUCGGAGACUAGACCUCAUUCUAGUUUGGAUGGGAACAAUGCAUGCUACAGAUCGUUUUGCCUGCGUCGAAUUUUCGAAUCCGGACAGUUGCCCACGUGUUCUCUUCAACGCAAGCUGUGGUGGUGGCAACAGGGGUUGGGACUGCCUUAAUGAUGUCAUCUCUAUGCCUUGCAUCACUCAGCAACCGGGAUCUCUUCGUCCUUCUCACACAAGCCAGCCGUUGAGAUUUCUUCUUGUCUGCAUCAACAAGCGGCAGCUAUUGCUUUACGGCCAUGAGGAGUUUGCAUACACGUCAAAUUAUGGCAAUGAAUCCAUAAAAACAAUAAAGGUAGAUUUUCACUUCUGA